GUUGCAUCCUCAGGAGUCCUGCAGACUAUCUCGCAGCUCAAUCUAGUACUAUGCAAUAGACACCGCCACCUGAGAGCCGAGGUGACCCCCAAACGGGGCUGAUUGGCAUUGAUCGAUGAGAAAGCGCCAUUGCAGGCCAUCUAUCUAACCUCGGCAAUCUGGCAUUACUCCGCAGGACAGACAAUCGAUCCCAACAUCGAUCGGCAGCGCAUUCUACAUUUACUGACUUGAAGCUUGUUCAACUGCGGAUGCGACUUCACUCAACUUACAUUAAGCUGCGCUGAGCUGCACGGAAUCAUCAUGUCAGACACCCAACGACCUAGAGGCCUCCUGUUCGACAUCGGAGGAGUGUGUGUCCUCUCCCCCUUCCAGGCGAUUGUGGACUACGAGCUUGCCCACAACAUCCCUCCAGGAUGGGUGAACUUCAGCAUCUCGCGUACCGCGCCCAACGGCAGCUGGCACCGACUAGAACGGGGGGAUAUCAAGAUGGACGCCGACUUCUUCGUCGGGUUCCAGAAUGACCUACAGAGCCCGAGUCUCUGGAAACAAUUCCAGGAGAAGAUCCAGAGCAAAAGCCCGACCGGGACGCAGUCGCCCACCCCUCCGGUGCCUAAGAUCGAUGCCGAGUUUUUGUUCUGGGAGAUGAUGAGGGUAUCGCGAACACCGGACCCUCAUAUGUUUCCGGCCUUGAAGGAAUUGAAGGAAUCAGGGCAAUUCAUCUUGGGAGCCUUGUCGAAUACCGUCAUCUUCCCGGACGGACACCCGUACAAUCGUGAUCUCGACGAGAGGAAAUCCCAGUUUGACUUUUUCAUAUCAUCGGCACAUACAGGUCUCCGAAAGCCGGACCAGAAGAUCUAUGAAGCUGCACUGCGGGAGAUGAACCGAAUCGCCAAGGACAAAGGUCAAGGCGAGGUGCACGCAGUGGAUGUGGUCUUCCUCGAUGACAUUGGGGAGAACUUGAAGGGUGCAAAGAAGGCAGGAAUGAGAACUCUGAAGGUGAACCUUGGACGGACGCAAGAUGCUCCUUUCCACAAGCAGGUCAAGAACAGCGCUUACUACAGCCGCUACCAGACUAAGUACCGUCGUCGCCGCGAGGGUAAGACCGACUACUAUGCUCGUAAGCGCUUGAUCACCCAGGCCAAGAACAAGUACAACGCCCCCAAGUACCGCCUGGUCGUCCGCUUCACCAACCGUGACGUCAUCUGCCAGAUCGUCUACUCCGAGAUCUCCGGUGACAAGGUUUUCGCCGCUGCUUACUCCCACGAGCUCAAGCGCUAUGGCAUCACCAACGGUCUGACCAACUGGGCUGCCGCCUACGCCACCGGUCUCCUUGUCGGUCGCCGUGCCCUCAAGAAGCUCAACCUCGACGAGACCUUCACUGGUGUUGAGGAGGCUGAUGGAGAGUACACUCUCACCGAGGCCGCUGAGACUGAUGAUGGCGAGCGCCGCCCCUUCAAGGUCGUCCUCGACGUCGGUCUUGCCCGUACCUCCACCGGUGCCCGUGUCUUCGGUGCCAUGAAGGGCUGCUCUGACGCUGGUGUCCUCGUCCCCCACUCCGAGUCCCGCUUCCCCGGUUUCGACAUCGAGUCCGAGGAGCUCGACGCUGAGACUCUCCGCAACUACAUCUUCGGCGGUCACGUCGCUGAGUACAUGGAGGGUCUCGCCGAUGACGAUGAGGAGCGCUUCCGUGGCCAGUUCCACAAGUACACCGAGGCUGGCAUUGAGGCCGGUGACAUCGAGGACCUCUACACCGAGGCCCACAAGGCCAUCCGCGAGGACCCCUUCAAGAAGGACGAGGAUGCCGACUCCAAGAAGACCAAGGAGGAGUGGAAGGCCGAGAGCAAGAAGUUCCGCAAGGUCCGCCUCACCCACGACGAGCGCAAGGCCCGCGUCGAGCAGAAGAUCCGCGAGCUUGCCGCUUAAAUGGAUUUUUGUUGUGGAGGCCAUUCGUGCUUUAUGCAUGCGUGAAGUGCGAUAGUCACAAAACAAAAGUUAAAAAAUCUUUUAUUUUUAACACAAAUCCAAAAAACGGUGACCUGGGUGUCUUUUUUGUCUUGCUAACCAUCUUCAAUUUGUGAUAUCCCCAAGUAGUCUGACUCGAGACUCUUGUUACGACCGGAGUUUUUUUUUGUCUAUGUCCAUGGUUCUUCCGGAGCAACUACCUCCCUUCAAUACGAUUUUCUUUCCCAGUUUCAACAACCAGCCCUCUCACUAUAUUUGCUCCGAUGAACCGCGUAGCCGUAGCGUAGAAGAUGUAUCGAGCAUCUGCGAUAUACAUAUCAUGCCAGGAUCAUUGCCCGUGGUUCUGAUACAUAGUUCUUGCAUGAUCUCUUGAUUGUCAUAUGUGAACCUUCGUUAUGUCAAAUGACGGAGGUGCGUUAUAUAUAUCAUCGCCUGUCGGACAUAAUGCCAC